UUGACAGGGAAGUAUUUUAUGAUCUAUGAAGAUUUUUUUAAAGAAAAAGAUCUAUUUGAACAACGAUUACAAUCAAACGUACACGGCGAGUAGAACUGUCUAAUGUACGACUAUCAUGAAAAAAUAAACAAGUCAUGACCGAUCAAGAGAAUUAUUACAGAUUUUCUUCAAUAAUCGUUGACCAUGGAAAGGAAGCUUUGGUUAUUCUAUUAGACAAUGAUUUAUCCAAUCAAAAUUUGUCUUUUGAAAAUUUUCUAAACAAGCAUCAACACGAAAUCUAUCAUUUACAUUAUGUAGAUAAAAAACUCCGUUGUUGCCAAUGUCCAUCUGGAUUUUCUUCCCAAGCCGGGCCACAAAGAGUUCUUUAUGCUUAUCAGCUAGAUAUAUUACUGGACAAACAUGGACAAAAAUUACCUUGUCAUUACCUUUCAUCUACACGGCCUUAUUGUUGCAGUCUUGCAAAACCAGGUGUAACAACAAAGGAACUCGAUAUCACAUUAGCAAGAUGUCUCUUGGUAAACUUUUCCACAAUAUGUCCGCCUGGUAGUCCUAUCAGACGUGCCGUAGAUACUAUCGUAGAUUGUAGAAAUAAGUUAGGGCAUGCGCGUGAAGCCAAGAUGCCAGCUAGUGACUUCCAGAAGGAUGUUGCUGAUAUAGAAUUAGCAAUUUUAACCAUUGCACAGGUUUGUAAUGUUGAAAACGAUAUGAAGCAAAAGCUACACGAUGUAAAGAACCGAUCACUAGAUCAAACUUUAUGUAUCCAGUAUCAGAAUCGGCUUCUACAAGAAAUGAACCAAAAAGGCGAGAUGGUAGAGAGUAUUUCGACCAUCAAGGAACAACUCCAGACAAAUCUUCAAGAAACUACCUCAAUGUUCAGUGAUAUUAGAAUAACACAAUUAGAAACAAAAGAAAGAACUGAAGUGUUAGAAAAUCAAGUAGACGAUGUAAACAGACGAAUACAAGAAGACAUGAAAGAGAUAAACCGCAAAGUUGAUACUACUAAAAACGUUAUCUAUGAAGAUACAAAAGCAGACAUGCAAGAAGCAGUCGUUCAGGUCAAAACACGUAUUGAUUCUUUAGAAAGACAUCUAGAUGAACAGCAUAACAAACUCCAUACACACGUUGACAAAAUUGAACUCAAUGCUGUUAAGUCAAGUACAGAUAUUAGGACUGUUUUACAAAAGAAUAUGGACGACUAUGAAACUAGAUUACAUCACCAUAUAGAUGACACAGUGCUACAAUUGGCUAAGAGAACCCCAGCAGAUCAAAGGAAACAGAAUAUAAUUGCCCAAACAAACAGUCUGCUUACAAGUCACAGAGCAAAUGAAUGCUACAUUGUCCCAAAAGCAGUACAAGCUGGACAAACAUUGUUUAACAAACACAACAUAGCGAUUAUAGUAUCUAAAGGAGGAGAAGGCAAGACAACAACAGCUCUUCAACUGGCAACAAUAUACAAGGACCUUGGGUAUAUACCAUACUGGUUUGUUGAUCAAGACAUUAAGCUAUUUAGAGACAUUAUUGAUCCAAACGACAAAUGCAUUAUUGUAAUAGAUGAUUUGUUUGGCAGGAGAUUCACCGAAUUCGAUGAAAAUAUUCAUAGGAAUAUACUAGACAUCUUAUAUGCUAUUGUGAGCAAUAGCCACGAGAUGAAACUAGUUUUUACCAUAACAAGCGACAGUAACUGCCUUCAAAAUAUUAUAACAGAGCAUGCAAUUUUAAAGGAUGGCAUUAUAUUGGAUCUAGAUAGAACAUUUAAAUUAAGUUUAGUCGAGAAAAAAUCAAUAUUUUAUAAAUAUAUGGAGACGUCCAAAAUAGUGACAUGCUCUUGCCAUGAAACAAUGUCAUUUACUCAAUUUUACGAGUCAAAUUUACGAGAGCAAACAUAUUGCGACAACGAUGUUGAAGAACUUCCAAACAAAACCAUUCAAAUUUGUACAAGUGCAAUAACACGCAUAGUAGAAAUGUAUUUGCCGACAGGCUUUUCAGAAACAUGUCGCAUGUUUUGUAGCAAUCCAUCCUUUACACUUUUAGGAACAAGAUAUUUCGAAAAUCCAAACCAGUCAUUAAUUGAUAAGAUUGAUGAAUUAUAUGUGGAAGGGCAUGAAAACAAAAUUGUAAGAUACCAAUAUUGCCUCCUGUUAUACACUGCUCUAAAAGGACCUAUAGAGUUAGAUGUUAUUGAAAAUAGUUUAGUUCAUAAUGCUUUCUUUAUUGAAUUAUUUUCAAUAUUUGAUGACAACUCUUUGAAAAUAAAAAAGAUUUUGAUUUUGGAAGCAGUAAAAAAACUGAAAGGCAAAUUCCUAGAGGAAAACACAAUUUAUGAUUCAGGAAAAAUAAGAGAUGGUUUAACUUUUAAACAUCAAAGUAUAUCUGAUGCUGUACUCUUGUCAUAUGGAAAAGAAAACACAUCUCAAGUUUUAGGAAAUAAUGAUCUAAAAUUCAUUUAUACAUAUGUUAGACCAAAUACGAGUAUAAGUAAAAACCCAUCCAAAACACUUUAUGUUCCUGAUGAUGUUAUAUGUUAUAGGUUUAAGCAGAUUCUUGAAAUGGAACAAAAAAGCGACUACUAUUUAGAUAUAGCGACCGAUGUAGGGAAGUAUAUCAGAAGAAUUGAGAUUGAUGAAAUGAAUAAAGGUUUCAUGAAAACAUUUAUCGAAUUGGUCCCAAUUUCAUGGCUUGAAAGCUAUCAAGUGAAAGAGUUAUUCAACGCACUGACUCAAUUCGGGAAACACUGCGAAAUCAUUCAUCCAUAUCUGGAUAAAUGUGCUAUAGAUAUUUGGAAACAUGGCAGUAUUGAAUUAAUCUAUUCAAUUUGUAGACCACAAAGCACGAUUGUCGAUCCCAUGAAAUUUGUUCUAUUAUCGGAUGAAUCUAUGGUAAAAAAACUGUUGAACGUCAUAAUUUCUCAUGACACGGAAAAUAUUACACCACUUGUUGGUGUUGGAGAAUACUUAUAUACACUGAGUCGAGAAAAAAAUCAUAUCUUUGUCAACUUAUUUCUUAGUAGAAUUUCUAUGAAAUGGGACGACACGUAUGAAGCCAGACUAAUUAUAGAUGGUUUUACGAAAGAAGGGGGGAGAAAAGAGCUGAUACCAAUCUAUCGAACAAUUUUAUCACAUUUUAUUCCCUUCAAUUGUAGUAUCAACGUAAUCUUUAAGUUUUGCAGAGCAUCGAUGUCUCGGGAAAAUUGCAAUGACCAGGUACUUCUUGUGGACAGAAGAACUCUUAUAUAUCAAUUAAAAAUGGCGUUUGACAAAUGUUUGUCUGGUGUUCAACUCGAUUAUUACUGUUGUACAAGCCUUGAGACACAGGUAGAAGAAAUUGGCAGAAACUGUUAUUCUUUCUUAGCAGCAGUAAAAGAUAAAUCGUUUUUGGAUGAAAUCGUAGAUGCUUUUGUUACCGUCAUCCAACAAAAGUUUUCUGUUGAAACUCCAAUUAAUCAAUCAUUGAACUUUUAUUGUUAUUUUUCUAUGGCAAGUUUUUUAUAUAACAAAGAUCCUAAAUUUACUUUGUCAUUUUUUGACGGCUUAACUAGUUUUGGAGAACACUUGCAGCCACUUAAAGAAAAAUUUCCCAAUUUAAUUGAAAACCUCGAAAGACACACUUCUCGUUAUAGAUAUAUAAAGAAAGUGGCGUCAGCGAUGGAGCAGGAAUAUUUUGAUGAUGAAUAUUCUAAUCUGAAGAGCUGAAAUAACAUACCAUGCAAAAGAUAAGAUACAAAUGAAUAUUCUGCUACUUAAAAUGGUGCCAGCAGUCCUACACAAAAGCGCAAAUAGUUUUCUGCAAAAGAAUAGUCAAUCCGAAAUAAUCCUCCUGGACAUCUUAGAAUAUCAAA